AUGCGCCACGACUCUGCUGAAUAUGUCAAAAGAUGUGAUCGUUGCCAACGAUACAAGCCGAUCCCUAAUCUGCCUGCCGAAGUUUACCAUCCGCAAAACAGUCCAUUCAUGCAAUGGGCCAUCGACUUAGUGGGUCCCUUGCCACCGGCGCCUGCCAAGAAAGAAAUGAUGAUCGUCGCCACCGACUACUUUACUAAAUGGAUCGAGGCCGAAACUCUAUCCUCUACUAAAGAAGCCGAUCGUCCUUUGGGAGACGCAGGGCAACGACACAAGUGUCCUUCGGGAGACGCAGCCCAUAAAAAGCGUCCUAAGGGAGACGCAGGGUGCGCCAGGAAUUUCCUAAGGGAGGAGCGUCCUAAGGGAGACGCAGGGCGACGACUAAAAGCGUCCGUUUGGAGACGCAGCCCACUAAAAAAGCGUCCUAAGGGAGACGCAGGGUGCGCCAGGAAUUUCUUAAAAGGAGGUCUCCAUGCCUCCUGCGGGAAGUAUCCAGAGCGUCCUAAGGGAGACGCAGGGCGACGACUAAAAGCGUCCGUUUGGAGACGCAGCCCACUAAAAAAGCGUCCUAAGGGAGACGCAGGGUGCGCCAGGAAUUUCUUAAAAGGAGGUCUCCAUGCCUCUUGCGGGAAGUAUCCAGGUUCCUAUCCGUUUCCUAAGGGAGGCAGGAUAGUCACACAGUUGCCCACAAGCAGCGUCCUUUGGGAGACGCAGGGCGACGACCAAGCCAACCUAAGAGAUAUGCAGAACACGUCCGAAGUCCUUCAAGAGGAACCCUGA